GGCUCCGCCUCCCCCUCGCCGCUAUAUAGUGCAGGGCCGGGCGGAGCGGGGGCGGUGCCCGAGUUCGAGUCCCGCGGCCGCCGGUUUCCUCCGCUCCCCGCUGCGGUGCCCCCCGCCCCACCGGGGGCCCGCCCGGCCGCGGAGAUGGGUGACAUGGAGUCCUACAAGGUGAUGCUGAACGGGCCGGCGCCCUGGGGCUUCAGGCUGCAGGGAGGGAAGGACUUCAGCAUGCCGCUCUCCAUCUCUAGGCUGACACCGGGCGGGAAGGCGGCGCAGGCCGGUGUGGGAGUGGGCGACUGGGUGCUGUGCAUCGACGGGGAGAGCACCAGCUCCAUGACACACAUCGAGGCCCAGAACAGGAUCCGCGCCUGUGGGGACAGGCUCAGCCUCACACUGAGCAGAGCUCAGAACCACAUGGGGAAGCCGCAGAAGGACUCACUCCCCUGCUCUGAACCCCUGAAAUAUAACUUCGCUCCCAGCACCGCCCUCAACAAAACAGCCCGGCCCUUCGGGGCAGGCUCGCCUCCGAACCCACGGCCCGGGCUGGUGACGAAACCCGUGACCUACGCGCCCCUGGCGCCCGCCUGCACCCCCCAGCACAACGGGCAGCCCCCGGAGCCCCCCAGCACCCCUGUAUAUGACCCCAUGAAGUUGCGGCUGAUAGAGGAUGCUGAGAGCUGGCAGCCCCGCUCUGGGACCUCCCAGUCCCGCUCCUUCCUCAAACUGGCCCGGCUGACGGGCACUGAUGGAUUGGAGGAUCAUGAGGAUGAGCUUGGUAAAGAGCCCAGGCAGCCCCCGCAGCCGCUGGAGCCCCCCAGCAUCCCUGUGUGUGACCCUGGGAAGCUGCGGCUCGUAGAGGACUCGGAGAGCUGGCAGCCCCGCACCGGCACCUCCCAGUCCCGCUCCUUCCGCAAACUGGCCCAGCUGACGGGCACUGACAGCAUGGAGGAUCAUGAGGAUGAGCUUGGUAAAGAGCCCAGGGAAACCCAUGGGGCUGGCUGGGGCACGGGGGAGAUGUGGUGGCAGCCCCCAGAGCCGCUGGACCCCCCCAGGAGCCCCGUGUGUGACCCUGGGAAGCUGCGGCUGAUGGAGGAUGCUGAGGACUGGCAGCCCCGCACCGGGACCUCCCAGUCCCGCUCCUUCCGCAAACUGGCCCGGCUGACGGGCACUGAUGGGUUGGAGGAUCAUGAGGAUGUGGUUGUUAAAAAACCCAGCCAGGUCUCCGUGCCGGACCCAUCCCCGGGAGCAGGGCUGAAGACUGAGCCAGGACUGGCCCCCAGGACCCCCACCGCCACCCCUGGCCCUGCCAGCCGCCCUCCCUGGGCUGUGGACCCCUCGUUUGCGGAGCGCUACGCCCCGGACAAGACCAGCACGGUGGUGAGCAAGCACAGCCAGCCGGCCACACCGACCCCCAUGCAGAACCGCAGCUCCAUCGUGCAGGCAGCACAGCAGGCCCCCGAGGGGCCUGGCCGCACACCGCUCUGCUACAAGUGCAACAAGGUCAUCAGGGGACGCUACCUGGUGGCGCUGGGACAUUAUUACCAUCCCGAGGAGUUCACCUGCUGCCAGUGCAGGAAGGUGCUGGAUGAGGGCGGCUUCUUUGAGGAGAAAGGCUCCAUCUUCUGCCCCAAGUGCUAUGACACGCGCUACGCACCCAGCUGCGCCAAGUGCAAGAAGAAGAUCACGGGGGAGGUCAUGCAUGCACUGAAGAUGACCUGGCAUGUGCAGUGCUUCACGUGCGCUGCCUGCAAAACUCCCAUCCGCAACCGUGCCUUCUACAUGGAGGAGGGACAGCCCUACUGCGAGAGAGACUACGAGAAGAUGUUUGGCACAAAGUGCCGCGGCUGCGACUUCAAGAUCGAUGCUGGGGACCGGUUCCUGGAGGCGCUGGGGUUCAGCUGGCAUGACACUUGCUUCGUCUGUGCGAUCUGCCAGACCAACCUGGAAGGGAAGACAUUCUACUCCAAGAAGGACAAGCCGCUCUGCAAGAGCCACGCUUUCUCCCAUGUGUGAGGGGCAGGAGUUCAGCUGUGCCCACGCGUGCCCCUGGCCCUGCAUGCUCCUCUCCACCCCACCCCUGCUGCCCCCAGGGAGCCAGGCUGGGCCCUCACCCUUUCCCCUUGCUCCUGCCUCUUUCCUGGCAGCUCCUGGCCUGGCUCCAGCCCAAGGUAGUGCUGGGUCCAGAGCCCCUUAUAGCUGUGUCUGCUGACUGGCCCUAGGAGCCCUGGGACAGGGAUGCUGCAUGGAUCUCCUGCCCCCCAGCCAUGCAGUGUGGUGGUUAUGGUCAUGCUGAGGCUGGAGCUGGGGGAGGGUCUGGCACAGCAGAGAUGUUCCCUUGCUCAGCUGAGGCCCUGCUGCCUGGCAGCUCAGCGCUGGGGCAGGGAUGCUCCAAGCACAUCCCUGACUGGGUGAGGACCAGGCCCCUGCCACGCUCUCUCCCAUCUUUCCUGCUGUGUGCUCAGUGUGUGGGGCUGGAGCCCUGGCCCCACUCCCCUACGGGCUCCUGCCUGCAGCAACCUCCUGACCACCCCACACCUUGCUGUGGUGGCUUCCUGCCUACCCCAGCUCUGUGCCAAAGGGUCUCUGCCUUAUGUGUCCCCCCCCCAACCUAGGCCCACUGCUCCCCUGUGGCUGGCGUGUGGCAGCACCCCCCCUGUGGCUGUGCCGGGGUGCAGGGCAUGGCUUCCUACCAAAGAGCGCUCUGCCACUGCCAGCCUGGGCCUGUGGAUGCCUCUCCCACCCCCACGCUCUCCGGUCGGGUUGCUGCUGAUGUAGCCACGGUGCUUUUAGUGCCUUUAAUAAACACUUCUCUGCAAGUGC